AAGGCAAGGUGAGACGAGGCGAGGCGAGACGAGGUGACGCGCGAGAGAACGGACGAGCGUGGCGUGCCGAGGGCUCCGGACUCCGGAGUGCGCGGCAUGGAGACCCUCGAGUCGAGCCGCGUGUGCCGCCUCUGCGGCCAACAUUCGGGCAUCUCGAUCAACAUCUUCGACAAGAGUGAGAAUCACCUUCGGAAAAUCAACGCCGUGCUGCCGAUCAUGGUGCACGAGAUGGAUCUGCUGCCGAAGCAGAUGUGUCACCGGUGCAGUUAUAAGCUGGAGGAGUUCCACAAGUUUUACGUGGACUGCUUGAAAACGGACGCGGCGCUCAAGAGUCAGCUGUCGUGGAUGCGAAAGGGUGGCGGUAGGGAGAAGAUCGGAGUGCCGAUGGUGCAUAUCGAAAACGUGAAGAUCAAAGCGGAGCCGCUCGACUACGACGUGUACGAGCUGGAGCCGUUGGUGGAAAACAUCGAUUAUAUCAAUUCGAUGAAUUCGGUGGCAUUUCGGACUGGCGGUAUUCAUGACGGGUUGACGUAUGCGGCAUUCUCGCGCUGCCGAUGUUGUUGUGAUAAGAAAGACCAAAGCAAACCGAGAAGAACCACGGCGGAACUUUGUCAGAAUUAUGAAGGACCACCAGUGUCUAGAUGUCACAGGAUCGCAGAUGACUCGCAGAAAAGAACUCUCGAGGAUACCGCCACUCGAUUAAAACCGUACAAACAGAACUUCUUCACGCAAGCAGUCUUCCCGGAUUGUCCGCAGAAUCUGCCACGAGUCGAGAACAUCGUUGAAAACGCUGUCGAGAAUACGCCGGAUCGUCUGGUCGCAGACACGAGUACCAAAGAUAAUGUAACUUCGCCAAAAAUGUGGAAUCAUUCUCACGAAUUGUUUGGUACAUUUUCUGAAAGUCAGACGGCUGCUAAGAGUACGGCAGUGCGGAAUCUAAGACCUAGGAAAAAUCUAAUAAAUUACGCGCCGGAUAAAAAGAGAACAUCAUGUAUGAAUCCGGGACUAUCUGCGCCGAGUAAGACGAACGUUUCUAAUACGAAGACAGCAUCCGUCGUGGAGUUUGAGCCAAUGCGACAGAUCAAGGUAGAGCAGACGGACGAGUUUGAAGGCCGCAACUUAAGACCGAGAAGAAAUGUCGUGGAUUAUCAGGAGCCGAAAAUGAGGAAAGUGUCGGAAUAUCGCGUGAAGAGGCGCAAGAUGGACGAGCCAAGUUCGAAACCGCACUCGAAGAACGAGAUCCCAUCGAAUGCUGUGCAUCUUAAAAUCAAGCAAGAAACUCUAGACGUUCUGGAGAACAUGUUUAGUGAAACGACCAACACGACACCCCAAUUACCGAGCAAGUUUACCUCCUUACCCGCCAAGGUUGAAACAGUGAAUGACGUCAAUCUACGAGAUGAUUACUCUAAGUCGCGAUUUCAAGCCAAGCUUCAGCUGGCUAAGCAAAAAUUGCUUUCCAACAUCAUGAAAGACCGUCUGACGAAGACGAAGAAAACGUAUCGAUUCCCACCAGCGAAUUAUUCGCCGAAAUGCCUGAGAAGUCAGGACGCUUAUCUGAGAAAUGGUAAGGCGAGAAACAAGGAUUAUGUGGAAUGGUCAGUAAAGAGAUUGCAGAAAAGGAAGCUGAUAGACACGGUUAACAAAAGUGCCAAGAAAUCAUCGAUAUUGAAGUUAUCUGAAAAUAUUAAGCAUUUCUGCGAAAUGUGCAAUGUCAGCUUCAUGAACAAGGAAUUGUUCAGACUACACGCGUGUUAUUAUGAUUGAUCUUUCCCCGAGUACUCGAGAAACACGAGCCGUCUGAAAAUUGUUCGGAGGAUUAAGAUAUCUUAUGAGUAUCGCUCCCAUAAUUUUGAGCGGAACUUUUUGCUUUCCGUUCAUCUUGAUUCGUGAACUUUUUCAUGAAUCGCAGAGCGAUUAUGUAUUGAUUAAAGAAUUGCAUGAUCCCGAAACAUCGAGUUUACACGAAAUUAUUUUUUAUGUUUAUGUUUCUAAGAGAAAAUUGUAACUGGAUUUGUUAACGUUCGAAAAAGAUUGGGACACUUCUUGACGAAAAAUAAAAUAUAUAAAGAUUUAAAAAAUCUGAUUAUGAUAAUGUGCAUAUGUAUAUUUUUUUGCAAAUGUGCUUUUGAUUUUUUUUUCCGAAUAUCUGAAAUGCUUUUGUUUAAAUUCAAACAUCCUAUAACGAUAACGAGAUAAUCGUUUAUAAAAUGUGCCUGUCUCAAAAAAUUUGACCAAA